AUGGCCGACCAAACGUACGCCUUCCAGGCACUGUCCAGCGAUAAUCGUGGUGCUAUAAUCACCUUAACCUCGGUAUCCCUUCUGAUUGCGACCACAAUCUUCGUGCUUGCCAAGCUCGGGUCGGUGCUUUACUUCAAGCAGCGACGGACGGCAGUCAACACUCCCAUCUGGGUCGCUUUGGUUUUUGCAAUCAUUCAAGUCGUGGUCUUACAGAAGGCUGUUGACCAUGGGUUGGGAAAGCACCAGGACCGGCUGAGCGAAAGCGAGAUUCAAGCCGUGAGCAAGCUCGCCUUUGUCGCUCAUAUUGUGCUCAUCGUUGUGUUGUCGCUUUCAAAAAUAUCGACCAUCCUGCUGGUUUGGAAGUUGACGCCGAGUAGAACCCUCCGUCGCAGCUGUGUUAUCACGGCUGGGAUAGUUAUCGCGUGGUCAAUAUUCGCAGUGUUUAGUAUAGCUUUCCAGUGUGAACCGCCCAACCGGUGGCUAUACUCCCCCGAGCGAUGUGUUGGAGAAGGAGCCCUCUUCUACCCGAUCGCAGUCGUCAACAUCCUCACCGAGAUUAUCAUUGUUAUCCAGCCGUUUAUUAUGAUGCGAAAUGUCCAAAUGGCCCAGAACAAGCGAGUGAAGAUCCUGUGCUCGUUUUUUGUGCGCAUAAGUAUUGUCGGCCUCGGAAUCGCCCACCUCGCCCUCAUACCUUCAUUUGUCCACUCAACCGAUCUCUCUUGGGAUAUUGUCAAUUGGGAAAUAAUUGGCCAGACAAUGAUGCUCACAACCAUCAUAAUCGCCUGCGUUCCAACCCUCUACCACAUCUUUGCCGGCCUACACUCCGGCCUGACCACAACCCAAAUCCCCGACAGGAUCGGGCUCGAGCUCCCACAGACCAAGAUCAGCAGUUAUAUCAACCAAUCCUCCUCGGAAGCAAGCCAGUCGCAUUCGCGGUCGCGGUCACAUGGACCUCCGAAGAAGAAUGACCGGCCAAUGUUUGAUGGAUGGGGAGGUGAUACCGGGGUUGUGACUCAGGUGACAUCAGGUCGGAAGUUGAAUCAGAAUGAGGAUCGUAGAGAGUCUGGUUCGAGUGAGGGGGCUGAGAGUACGCGGCAUUUGACGCAGGAUAUCCAAGGGAAGGGAGCCGUACUAAGGACCGUGGACGUUACAGUGGAGUUUGAACAGCAAUCUCAUCGGGAUCAGCUUUGA